ACCCGUCAUCACUACGGUAUACGUCUAUUAAUUCUCGUUUUUAAAUAUUUACUUUAACCGGCCUUAUCUAAGCCUCCUCCCCAUCAUAUGGAUCAUUAUACGUCACGUGUCUUGCCAACCUCCUAAACCCAGUACAUAUCUCUUUCGCUCCUCUCUCUCUCUCUCUCUCUCUCUCUCUCUCUCUCUCAUAAAGAUAAAAGAAAUGGAGGAGAAGUCGUCUGUGGCAAAAUGGGAAGGUAAGGUAUCAACAACUGUAACAAAAGCAAGUGCAGAUGAAAUAUGGUCUUUGUUCAUAGACUUCUUCAACUUCCACAACUGGUUUCCCAACAUGUCUACUUGCUACGGUGUCCAUGGCGUGAAUGGCGAGGUUGGCGGCGUACGCUACUGUGCUGGUUUCUCUCUCCCAACUGAAGAUGGCAGUGCUGAGCAAAACUGCAGUUGGUCAAAGGAGCGGUUAGUGGCCGUUGAUCGGAACAAGAUGUCAAUGAGCUACGAGAUGGUUGAUUGCAAUGUCGGAUUCAAAUCAUAUCUUUCCACUUUGAAGGUGGUUGGUGGUGGCGAUGAAGGGUGCGAGAUUGAAUGGUUGUUUGCUGUUGAUCCGGUUGAAGGAUUGACAUAUGAUUAUCUUCUUCAGAAGUAUCAAGAUGGACUGGAUCAAACUGCGAAGAAAAUGGAGGAUUCCUUCGUUCAGAAGAAGGUCGUUCAGUAAAAUCCAAGAAAAUGGAGGAUUCCUUGGUUUAGAAGAAGGCCGUCCAAUAAAAUCCAAAGAAUAAAACGAGGGGAGUGUUUUCUUACUUUACCCCUUUGUAUUUGUACUACAUUUUAAUAUUCAUUGUGCCGAUUUUAAGAAUAUAAUAUGAUAUUAAAAGUGAUCA